AUGUCGCAAGAAUCACUGUAUGGCGUGCUGCUGGUGGACCGGAAUGCCACGUUAGAUGAGAUCAAGCUGGCUUUCAAAAAGCGGGCGCUGCAAGUCCAUCCGGACAAAGGUGGUAGCAAGGAGGCCUUCCACUUGGUGUACCAAGCACUUGAGACCUUAGCUGAUCCCGAGGCCCGCAGGAAGUACGACAAUGGACUUGCUGCCAGCAAGCCAGCUGCUGUACAGCAUCCUCCACAGGGCGGCACAGGACACAAGAAGAAGACUUCGAAGAAACGCGCCCAUCACACUGCAAUGCCGCAGAAACCUCCAAAGUCGAGGAAAAAGCAAACGGCUGAUGGCACCUCAACUGAACCAGCAGCACCUGAAACCCAGCAGUCCAAGCAAACCAAGCUCUUGAUCAAGAUCCGUGAUCUAUUGAAACAAUUGCCUCGAGAUGUGCGGAAUGAGGUGAUCACCGAGCAGUUUUCCCAGAAGCAGCGCUUGAUUCUAGAGAAAUGGAUGGUGGAUGCUUCAUCAGGGCAACCGAGAGGAAAAGAUGAGGGACCUUUGCAGAUCCUUGAUCCUACAGAUCACACGUGUAAGGUUCUCGCUUUGCCAGCUACAAGCAUGAACUGCAGCCCAGCAACGUUUGGAACAUCUCAAAAGCAGCGUGCCAAGCGUAAGAUGAGAAAACAGAAAAGAGAUUCUCAUGGAAAGAUGCACAGCAAGGGUGGCUAUUUGAGAAAGAACGGCCGCGCAUCGUACACGGCGCAAAUCUGCUUUGAUUCAAUUGAGAUGCACACCAGAAACUGCAACUUGCAAACUGGCCUUGAGUUCUUGAUGGUUCUGACUGCAGUGAAACAAAAAAUGCGGGAUUCCGCAGCCACAGAUGUCUCUUUUGAAGAGCGAUUGCGGGAUGCUCUAGCGUCAUCCGCCAAAGAGCACGGAAAGGAUCCCGCAGAUCUCAAGAUUAGUUUUAUGAAUUUGCAAGCUGCUGGAUUCUUCAUUGGAGCAGACUUGAAAACACCCAGCCUUCGCACUAUCGAGAAGCUCGGGAGGACCCGCCGCUGCUUGGAGGUUUUCCGGCAAUACGCCAAGAACAUUGGGGCACGAAACAUCUAUUGGCAGUACAGCCCAGCCCAUCUCCAGGAUGCUUGGGAACGAUUCCAAAAAGCAGUUGCUGACGCAUGGGAGAUUGCUGGUGUGAAUGGCGCGGCCAUUCUGAAGAAGAUCCGUGCCUUGCACGAGGCAAGAAGUGAAUUGCGGACCACACAGCUGCAAAGAUGGGAGCGGGGCCAUAUGGCAAUGCAAGACAAGAACAAGCACAGGCCCCGAAAAUUACGACAAAGGAAUGUCUUGGCCCACCUGGAGCGCAGGGAGCGACGGCAGAUGGCUUUGCAAGAUAAGAACAAACAUCGGCCGAGAAAGUUACAAGAGCAUUUGAAUCUUGGAAAAUUUCCUUCUGAGAAUCGUUCCAGCACUCAGCUGGCUUUGAAACGGCUCCUUGUGAGAUGGGGGCGGAUGUUGAAUCUGGAGGCGAGAUUUGUUGACAAAGAGCGGCGCAGAGUCUUGCAGCAGAGGAAGGCGCGGCGGAGAAAGGCCAGAGAGGAACGAAGACAGCUGGAAGCUUUGAACAGGACACGUCUACGAGAAGAACGGCUGAGAAGAGCAGCUCUCAGAAAGAGAAUGAGAACUGACCUCACCAUGGAGGAUAUUCUUGGCCAGAAAAGUAUGCGGAAGUGUUUGGUCUCCGUAAAACCCAAUGGCAAGCGUGGCCCGCGGAUUUGUUCACGUGCCAGCCUAUCUGAGCUCGAAUCCUUGCGGACCAUCUUGAAAGAAAGCGGGGAAAGUGACGUGGAUAAGCUGAAGGCUUUGUCAAAGAAGCCACCUAAGGCUGAGCGAAAUGGCCGUCCAAACCAUGUGGCGACCCCGCAGAGAAAGGAACUGGGGGAAGUUCCUGACACUGCCGCUCGGGGAAUGCAUGCGCAGGAGGAAGUGGCUGCUGAGAACGAAGGCAUGCCGCAGGGUGAGCCGAUCCAGGUGGCUGCUGAGAACCAAGACAUGCCGCAGGGUGAGCCGAUCCAGGCAUGGCAUGGCGCCUGCAGCUGUCAACAUGUGCCAGUGUCAUGUCAUACUUUCCUUUGGCAGGAGGUGGCUGCUGAGAACCAAGACAUGCCCCAGGGUGAGCCGAUCCAGGCAUGGCAUGGCGCCUGCAGCUGUCAACAUGUGCCAGUGUCAUGUCAUACUUUCCUUUGGCAGGAGGUGGCUGCUGAGAACCAAGACAUGCCGCAGGGUGAGCCGAUCCAGGCAUGGCAUGGCGCCUGCAGCUGUCAACAUGUGCCAGUGUCAUGUCAUACUUUCCUUUGGCAGGAAGUGGCUGCUGAGACCCAAGACAUGCCGCAGGGUGAGCCGAUCCAGGCAUGGCAUGGCGCCUGCAGCUGUCAACAUGUGCCAGUGUCAUGUCAUACUUUCCUUUGGCAGGAGGUGGCUGCUGAGAACCAAGACAUGCCCCAGGGUGAGCCGAUCCAGGACGCUGCAACGACCUUGACUCCGGCUGAGCUGGCUGCCCUUGCAGCAGCGAGGGCCAGACAUGUCCCUCAGAAUCGGGGAAACAUUGGCAGAGCCAACUUUAAGAAAUCUUUGGAGUGUUGUGUUUGUAACCGAAAGAAGCACGAUGUGAAGUGGGAGACUCGGCUCCUGCCGCAAAGCGGCCGGCCAAUGACUUGGCGCCUCUGCGCCGUGUCCGGGGCAAGUCCAGUCUCCAAAUUGUCGCCGUGCGACGUUGACAGCAGCUUGUGUAGCAGCGAAAAAGAGAUGAUCACCGGCAAACUCAGAGACACGUGGCUGAAUAGUCCCAAGUCACUUGUUUCCUUGUUGGAUGAUGCAGUUUGUUCUGGCGGCUUGGCUUCUGCAAAGCAAAUGCGGGCCUUGGGCUACAACGCUGUUCGAGCUACUUUGGCGAAAUCCUCCGUUGCAGCUUCCCGUACAUGCGUUGUCAAAGAGAAACAACCGGAUGGCACCAUUGUGCGCAUGAGAAAACAGAGACGAACUUUGACAGCCCAGCUCAGCACCAUUUACAGGCGCCACACGCGGAUCAUGAACUCUUCUGAAACAGAGGAAAAGCUCAACAUUUUGAAGACGUAUUUAUGGGUCACGCACGAGAAGGAUCACGCGGCCACCCACCGCAAUGCACCCGAACCUUGGAAGGUCCAACAUGAAGAAGGACAACUAGUCAAAGAGUUGAAGUUGCAUCUUUCCAUUGUUCAAUCCUAUGAAUGGCAUAUCCUCGCCGCUGCGCGCGAGCAAGCUUCCAUGAGAAGGAGCAUUGAGACUUUGGAGCCUGGCACAUGUUAUUUCCAAGCUGACUUCAGCGAAAACAUAGGUGUGCCCAUUGCUCACGAAGAAACAAGUGACAUGUGGCACGGGGCUGCUAGAAAAACUUUGUCAGUAUUUGGCGUCUAUUUGCGCCAAUGGAUUGAAAACCAAGUCAAAACACGUAUCGUUCUCUACGUGUCAGAGGUCCUAGAGAAAAGCGCACUGUUCGCAUCGCUCCUCAUUCGCAAGGCGGUGGAGAAGGAAGUUCUGAACAAGGGCAAGCUGAAGAAAUUGAUUUUCGUAUUUGACGCAGGCAAUCAUUUUAGGUCUUAUGAGGCUGCGCACAAUACCAUGAUCUACAUCCCGCUCCAAUACAAACAACCCUGCGUUACCCGCUACCUGGUGGAAAAACAUGGAAAAGGACCGUGUGAUGCUCAAAUAUUUUCCCCCAUGAGGCGAUUUCUGAAACAAGCUUGCCUACGCCCUGAUUUUUUUGCGGAGAACGAACGGCAAGUAGUAGCUGCUUUAAAAGAACAGGCAGCCAAAGAACAAGCUGCUAAUCCUGAUGGUCCUGAAUGGGUGAUCGAGGUUCCUACCCUGCCUGCGCGAAGACCUGCCGCCAAAGUGAUCACUAUGCACAAUUGCCAGAUCAAUCGCAGCUAUUGCUUUGAAAGCCUGCUUUCCAAGUCUGCAGCCAGCGGGGUGCAGAUCCGCAAUUGGAUUUUUUCGGAUUCUGGGAGCUUCGCCAGAUUGAAUUUCUCUGUUGAGGAGAAAGCACCGGAAUUCGCAGAAUGGAAAAAAGGAUAUUUCCAGGACCCAUCCUGGCAGAAACCGCCAUUGGAAUUAGGUUGCGACAACGCAAUCACAAGAAAAUACCAAAGUCAAAAAGAUCGGCCAUCCACUCGUCCAGACAUGAAGAAGAAACCAGCACGCACAGUGGCAAGCCUGUGUCUCAGAGACGAACGCCAAUUGGCCAGCCAUUUGGCAAAAAAGAAACGGAAAUACAAAGCAUGGCAGCCCGAUGACAGUGAUAUCAGCCUUUGA